UUUCACAAGGACUGAUGACGACAAACAACUGCGCCGAGGUUGACCACGUGGGGACGUUUUUUGCAGAGAUAGCAAAACAACUGCAGUGACGCCUGCUUGUUCGUCAGCGAGCAUGAAAAAAAAACUUUUUUUGUUUCUUUCUGACAAUAAAGACUCUCAAGAAAAAGCCACUAAGGUUUUGCUACCAGAGUCACUUUUUCUAGACCAUGCCCCACGACCCCGCACCUCCUCCGGCUAAAAAAUUCAAGCCGGGGUCUGUUUUUUUCCGCCUCGAUAGGAAUAAACCUGGAAUGUUGCUGCCGAGAAAGGGAAAUGCAGCCACUCCGAUAGACGUCCAGAGGAAACAGCUUCCAAUCCAUCAGGCGAAACCUCAACUACUGAGCCAGCUGAGGCAGCUUCACAGCGCUAUUCUGAUAGGGGAGACAGGCUCUGGGAAGACCACACAGAUCCCACAGUAUCUGUAUGAGGCCGGCAUCGGACGACAGGGCAUCAUUGCCAUCACUCAGCCGCGUCGAGUUGCUGCAAUCUCACUGGCAGGAAGGGUGGCAGAAGAGAAGAGGACUCAGCUUGGCAAGCUGGUCGGGUACACGGUGCGUUUUGAGGAUGUCACAUCCCCUGAGACAAAGCUGAAGUUCAUGACAGAUGGCAUGCUGCUGCGCGAGGCCAUCGGAGAUCCCUUACUGCUGCGCUACACUGUGGUGGUCCUGGAUGAAGCUCAUGAGCGCACCGUGCACACCGACGUGCUGUUUGGUGUGGUUAAGACCGCUCAGCGCAGGCGCAGAGAGCUUAAUAAGAUUCCUCUGAAGGUCAUAGUGAUGUCAGCCACUAUGGAUGUGGACUUGUUCUCCGAGUACUUCAACAAGUCUCCUGUACUGUACCUGGAGGGCAGGCAGCAUCCCAUUCAGAUCUACUACACUAAGCAGUCCCAGUCAGACUAUCUCCAGGCUGCUCUCGUCUCCAUUUUCCAGAUCCAUCAGGAGGCACCUCCGUCCCAUGAUAUCUUAGUCUUCAUGACGGGCCAGGAGGAGAUCGAGGCUCUGGCAAGAACGUGCCGGGACAUUGCAAAGCAUCUUCCCGACGGUUGUGGUCCCAUGGUAGUUAUCCCUUUGUAUGCGUCGCUGCCCCCGGUGCAGCAGCUCAGGGUCUUCCAGCCAGCUCCCAAGGGUUGUAGAAAAGUUAUUCUGUCAACCAACAUUGCCGAGACAUCAGUUACAAUCUCUGGGAUCAAAUACGUCAUAGACACAGGGAUGGUGAAGGCCAAACGUUUCAAUCCUGACAGCGGACUGGAGGUGCUGGCGGUGCAGCGGGUUUCUAAAGCGCAGGCAUGGCAGCGAGCGGGCCGGGCUGGCAGGGAGGACUCCGGCUUCUGCUAUCGUCUCUACACCGAACAGGAAUUCGACAACCUCAUCCCUAUGACUGUGCCUGAGAUCCAGAGGUGUAACUUAGCCGGUGUGAUGCUGCAGCUCAUGGCUCUAGGGAUUCCAGAUGUGAUGAAUUUUGAUUUCAUGUCCAAGCCGUCCCCAGAGGCUGUUCGCUCUGCUGUGGAGCAUUUAGAGCUGCUGGGAGCGGUGGAGAGGAAGGAUGAGCAGGUUCUCCUCACUGCUCUGGGAAAGAAGAUGGCAAGCUUCCCUCUAGAGCCGAGAUAUGCAAAGACCAUCCUGUUGUCCCCCGACUACUCCUGUUCCGAGGAGAUUUUGAGCAUCGUGUCUCUGCUGUCAGUGGACACUGUGCUUUAUAACCCUCCGGCGCGGCGGGAAGAGGUGCUCGCAGCACGCAAGAAGUUCACCUCCAGCGAAGGAGACCACAUGACCCUCCUCAACAUCUACAGAGCAUUCAAGAAAGUCAGUGGUAAUAAGGAGUGGUGUCGAGAGAACUUUGUCAACAGCAGGAACAUGAGUCUGGUGAAAGAGGUCCAAGCGCAAAUCAAAGAAAUCUGCCUUAAGCUGAAUUUGAAGCUGGAGUCAUGCGGGGCGGACACAGGGAACGUUCGCCGCUGCCUUGCCCACGGGAUGUUCGUCAACGCCGCAGAGCUACAACACGACGGCAGCUACUUAGCCCUGGACACCCACCAGCCUGUGGCCAUCCACCCUUCCUCCGUCCUUUUCCAGGCCAAACCAGCAUAUGUGGUCUUCAAUGAGCUGCUGCACACGUCCCGCUGCUACAUGAGAGACCUCUGUCUGGUGGACGCCGACUGGCUGCUGGACGCAGCGCCAGAGUACUUUGGCCGCAAACUGCACCCCACCAAGAGCUAACCAAUAGAGAAACAGGACUGAAGUACAUCUCUCCUAGGAAGAUAAUACUGGAAAUAAUUGAAGAGUAUCUUAAUUGAAUUUGGAUAAAGACACUUAUUGAUUUCAUACAAGUGCAAAUCAGAACAGAACAUUUUAUCUCUGGAUUUCACUACCUCCCAGUUGACAAGCAUCUGGCAUGUGUCACUGCAGCAGGAAUCUGCAUAUCGAGGCCUCACAACUUUGACUUCCUCCAGACUGUAAUUCAGAUUUUAUAAACUGUGUUUCUUCUGCCUGAUAGUGUCUCACCAUGCUGUUCAGCCACUUCUUUAACACCUAAAAAGUAGAUUUUUUUUCGAAGGUGUUAUGCUUCAGCUCUUUCAUCCAUUUGCAUGCAUUUUAACAGCACAGAUAACCUCACUGGAGCACAGUUCUUCAAAUAAGCAAUGACUUGGGCUGAUAUGAUUUAUCUGUUCAUUUUUUCUUAAAUCAAAGCAGUGUCAGUAGAGUCAAAACAUCACUCUCCAUUUGUUAAGUUCAUAAAAUAUUCUACUCUAUUGUUAAGGCACCUUCUAACAAGUGGUUCCAGAAAGCAAAUGUAGGUUCGUUUGAGCAUUAAUUUGAAUAAUGCUUAAGAAUUAACUGAUUUAUCACAUCUUUAUUUUGCAUCCAUCAUAUUACCUUACCUAAACUUUCCCUCCCUCUAGUUUUGGGUUUAUACAAAUGGGUCUUAAAAGGUUUUAUAUAUGCAAGGACUUUAGAUUGGUUUCAAUCUAUGAUAUGUAAUCACAAGAAAACACGAAAAACACCAAAGUUGAGUUCAAAUGUUUUUACAUGUCACACUGACAUGAUUUCACUUUGAUAAUUAGUCUGCACUCGUCUUGUUAGCAUGUGCAUGCCCCUUUUUUCCACAUCUAUGAUUGUGUCACCAGUUUCCCAAAUACAUGCACGUCAGGAGAAGCAGCAUGCCAGCGUCUCCAGGUUCUACUCUUUGCUGUUGUAUGUUGCACAAAUCCUUAUUCAGCCCCUACACAGACUAACCACAGAUGUAUGCAAUGCAUGGAGAUUAUAGUUACUGAUCUGAUCACUCAGGUCUUUCAUACUUUGUGAAUGUAAGUCACAACAUGUUGAGGAAUAGAAAGGAUGCUUCCCUCGUCUUUUUUUACACUGGACUCAGGACUGUACAAUAUAUAUCAUCUGAAUAAAUUACAUAAACAGUUUCUAACUUUUCAAAACAUCAUACGCCAAAUGCAUCUGGGUAGAGAUUCAUCAGACUGUGUUACAUAGAGGUUGUGUGUUCAGUGAUUAAAUUUCUUUCAAAUCA